UUUUUUUUUCCCCUCCCGUCUCCCGUGCCCCAACCGGAGCGAGGCCGGGAGCGGCUCCGGCGGCGCGGGCAGCAGCACCUCCCGCCGCACGGCGUGUGAGCCCGGCGGAGCGGCCCGGCCCGGUCCGGCCCGGCUCGGAGCGGCCCUGCCCGGCCCGGCUCGGCACGGCACGGCUCGGCUCGGGCUCUCGCCGCCGAUAAUGCAGAGCUACAAGUACGAUAAGGCGAUCCCGCCGGAGAGCAAGAAUGGGGGCAGCCCGGCGCUGAACAACAACCCGGCCAAGAGCAGCAGCAAGAAAGUCCUGCUCAUCUGCCUCGACUUCCUCUGCCUCCUCAUGGCCGGGUUGCCCUUCCUCAUCAUCGAAACCAGCACAAUCCAGCCCUACCAGCGGGGCUUCUACUGCGACGACGACAGCAUCAGGUACCCGCUGAAGACGAUGGAGACAAUCAAUGACGCAGUGCUGUGUGCUGCAGGCAUCCUCAUUGCCAUCCUUGCUAUUAUAACUGGAGAGCUCUACCGCAUCCACUACCUGAAGGAGAAGUCACGUUCCUUUAUCCAGAACCCCUACGUGGCUGCUCUCUACAAGCAGGUGGGCUGCUUCGUUUUUGGCUGUGCCAUCAGCCAGUCCUUCACAGACAUUGCCAAAGUGUCCGUCGGGCGCUUGCGGCCGCAUUUCCUGGAAGUCUGCGAUCUGGAUUUCUCCACCAUCAACUGCGCGAAGGGAGUUUACAUCCAGAACUACACCUGCAGGGGAAGCGACAGCAAGGUCCAGGAAGCCAGGAAAUCCUUCUUCUCCGGGCAUGCGUCCUUCUCCCUCUACACCAUGCUGUAUUUGGUGUUUUAUCUGCAGGCCAGAUUCACGUGGAAGGGAGCCCGCCUGCUCCGUCCCCUCCUCCAGUUCACCCUCAUCAUGAUGGCGUUUUACACCGGCCUGUCCCGCGUGUCGGACCACAAGCAUCACCCCACCGACGUGCUGGCAGGCUUUGCACAGGGAGCCCUGGUGGCUUACUGCGUGGUGUUUUACGUCUCAGAUCUCUUCAAGCCCAAGAUAAAGACUUGCCUGCCUCCACCACCCAUCCGGAAGGAGAUCCUUUCACCUGUGGACAUCAUUGAGCGAAAUAACCAUCACAACAUGGUGUAGACCUUUGAGAAAUUGGAUGGGUGUUGUAUUUUAUUUUAUUAAUUUUUUUUUUUUUUUUUUUUUUUGCAAAAAAUGACUGCUGACAGCAACUACCUGCUGCUCUCAAAUCUCAUCAGACAGUAGAAUGUAGGGAGAGACUUUCUUGCCUGACCAGUAAAGUCUUACUCUGUGGUCUUUUCAACUUGCAACACGUGGAUGAAAGGGGUGGUGGUCAACUUGGUCAGCUAAGUCAAAAGGACAGUGAGAAAGCAAAAACAAACAAAAUAGAAAAGCCAAGCAAACAAAGAGAGGUGCCGGAGUUCUGGAUGUGCAAUUGGUUUGAGUGUUCAUGUUGUAGUGAACGCCAAAUUGUUCAUAGGCUAAUGAACACUAAGGGAUUUUUGGAAAGCUGGCCAUCUUCUUGGUUUUGUUUUUUUCUACUAUGAAGAUUUCCAGUGCCUGCGAGGAAAAAACCCAACACACAACAACUCACAACUAAAUUGUAUAGCACUAAAUGUGAGAAACAGCACUGAGUCAAGAUCUGGGAUUGGUUUGUAAGAGUUGCUUUUUUCUCUUUCUGAUACUAGUUCAUUUUUGCCUCCUCUAUUCCAUACUGUGACUUAAGUUUAGGAGAAGCUUGCCCAGUCAAAGAUCUCUGAAGGGUCUCUCAUCACACUACACACCUUCAACAAGCAGUCCUGAGAUGCGAGGCUGGGUAACUCCAUCCUCCGUGCGGAGAAGCCACGUUUCUUCCUCUCCGCUGGCUCCCUGGCGAGGGUCGGUCCUGCCUGACCCCUCCAGGCGUGUGCAGCACCCACAAAUGGCCCUUCAUGAAAUGAGCAUCCCCUGCUUUCCCCCUCCCCUCCCCCAGAAAAGAAAACCACAGCAGGUUCUCUGCGCACCCGCGGGAGCUGGCGGGUGGCACGUGGGGAGCGGCGGCUCCGCUGAAGACGCGUUCGCACUACGACCUCGGGGCUGAGUCCCGGGGAAACUUUUGAUUCUGCAGUUUUGGGACGGGCUGCUGGGCGGCCUGUCCCAGCCUGGGUGUCAGUCAGUUUGUGCAUCUUCCUCCUCCUUCUGCUCCCUUGGGCACCCUGGUGCUCGCCGCGGCAGGUGCCAGGUUGUGCGCUGCGCGCGGUGACAUCGGUGGUAGAUCAGCUGUGCCUGUAGCGAGUGUGAUUUAUGAUCUUAGUUUUCUUGCCCAGAAACCACAGGUUCUUGGUCUGCAGCCCUUUCACAGAACAAGUUUGCAAAGGGAUCCUGCAAAGCAUGCAGAAUAAUGGCCAUUUGCACAUCCUUCUUACAGAAUCCGUCCUAUCAUUUCAACUAUAGCAAGCUAUGAUUUUUUUAUAUAUAUAAAUAUUAUAUAAAUAAUGUAUAAAAAACCUUAAAAAUUAACUAUGUAAAAUAUUAUUUCUGAAACAAUUUUAGAUAUAUCCACUAUGACUAUAAACUGUGUCCUGACCUGUGUUAUUUACAUUUUGCUGCUUAAAAAAGCAUUGAAUUAAUUUUUUUUAUAGUCGACUAAAAUAUUGUAGUUCUGUGGUAGUAAUAUUUUAAUGAAAAUAACUACAAUUAGAGACAUUUGUAUAAAAAAAAAACAUAUUAAAUUGUCUGUAUUUUUGUAAUGUUCCAUUUUGUAAAGAGAAGAAUAUUCAAAGACUUUUGUAGAAUACAAAAUUGAAGUUUGUAUCUGCGAAAUUAUUGCUGUAUAAAUGUGCUUUUUAAAUAAAAGCUCAUAACAUGACUAAA